UGGCAAAUUAUAUUGAUGUCAUGGAGAGUCAUGGAAAAGUCAUGGAAUUAUUUUUCUAAAUACAGAUUGGUCACCAACACUUGAGUUGCUUUCAAUUACAACUUGGACUUUCUUCCUAUUAAACAAUUUUUGAUCACUAAUAAGCUUCAGUUUAAAUUGGCACCUGAAAAAUUUAAUGAGUAUCAUAAUGAAUAAAAUGAAGGCAUGUAGUGCUGUGGUGCACAAUGUCUCUGAUGAUGCAGUCAACAGCAGCUGGCACGCUGAGCUGAACUCCCAAAUGUCUUCUCAAUCUUGCAAAGUUGAGUCUGAUGCAACAGAGGCCAGUGGCUCAUCUCCUCUGGAAAUGGUGGCAGUUUACAUCAAGGAUGAGCCUGAAGAUGGGAAAGAGGACAUAGCUGUGAAGGAGGAACCAAUAGAUAGUAAUGUAAAUAGGACAAGGAGGUACCUAACUAAGGAGGAGAUUGCAUCACUCUUGGAAGAAAUUGAAAGUGAUUUCAGCUCUAAUACUGAUAUUGAGAGUGACCAUGAGCCUACAAAGAACAGUGCAGUGUUUUCUCAUGAUCAAGCAGCCUCAUCUGACGAUGAUGAACAAUUUGUGAUACAGAUCACUUCUGAAGAAAAUGCCACUGAUAGCUGCAUCUCAACAUCACAAGAUGAACCUAAUCUGAGCAGAAAUGUCAGAAGAAAAUGGAGAAAAAAAGCUGAGAAAGCUAGCAACAUUGAGUUUAUUGACUACAAGGAAAAUUACAAGGACAUUUUAUCACCUCUUGAUUCUUUUUUAUUGUUUUUUGAUGAUGAUUUGCUCAAUAAAAUUAAUUAUGAAACCAAUCUGAAAUGCUCUCAGGCAGGAAAGGCUGCAGAUAUAUCUGUUGAUGAAAUAAAAACAUUCCUUGGCAUCAAUAUAGUAAUGGGAUACAACAGAUGUCCAACAAUUAAUUCUUACUGGAUGACUGGAGAUGACAUUGGAGUACAGUGCAUAAAAGAAGCCAUGUCAAGAGACAGGUUCUACAAAAUACUGCACCACCUUCAUCUCAAUGACAACAGCAAGAUGAACAGAAGCAAGGCAGACAAACUUUACAAAGUAAGGCCAUUAUUGAAAAUCUUGAAGCAGAAGUUUGAAGUCAUGAGAGGCCCACAAGAACAUCUAUCAGUUGGCAAAUUGAUUAUAAAGUUCAAGGGAAGAAGCAGCCUGAAGCAGUACAAUCCACUAAAGCCAAUCAAAAGAGGCUACAAAGUCUGGUGUUUAGCUGAUGAUGAGGGCUAUGUGUAUGACUUUGAUAUUUAUGCUGGAAAAAGUACUUCACAAAUUCCCUGCAGAGGAGCUUCACUGGGACUUGAAGCUGAUGUUGUCCUAAAGUUGACUGAGAAAUUGCAUGGCAAGAAUCAUAAAGUAUUCUUAGGCAAUUUUUUCUCAUCAAUACCAUUAUUGGAGACAAUGAAGGCGAACAAGAUUCAAGCAUGUGGAACAAUAAGGACUAACAGAAAAGAUUUUCCACAUCUUGAAUCAGAUAAAAAAUUGACCAGAGGUAAGUAUGACUAUCGAUCUACGACUGAUGGAAUAACUGUUUUCAAGUGGAUGGACUCAAAAGCAGUUCAUCUGAUUUCAAACUUUCAUGGAACUGAAAACUCGACAGUUUCCCAUAAGCUAAAAAAUGGUCAAAAAAUAAUUGUGAAAUGUCCUCUUGCCAUCAAAGACUACAAUGAACACAUGGGAGGGGUCGAGAGGCAUGACCAACUACGUCAACUGUAUGGCAUCAAGAGGAAAAACAUCAAAUGGUGGCAUUGCAUCUUCUUUGGAUUGCUUGACAUGGCCAUAGUCAAUUCAUUCAUACUGUAUAGAGAUGCUGGACACCCAACGAUUGAUCUCCUGGAUUACCGAAGAGAACUAGGCACUGGACUCCUGACAUUUUCAACAAAGCCAAAAACAAGCUGCAAGAGACGUAGAAAGAGUGACUUCUCGACUCCAGCUUCAGUGAGAUUGUCCAAUGUAGGAGUACAUUGGCCUCAGUUCAAUGUGUCCAGGGGCAGGUGCCAAGUGUGCUCGAAGAAGGGAGAAGAAGCAAGACCUGCCGUAGAAUGUGAACACUGCAAAGUGCAUCUCUGCUGCAACUCCGCAAGAAACUGCUUCAAAGAGUUUCAUCAGUGAUAGACUUUCUGUAUUGAUAAUAAGGACUAAUGCUUGUAGCAUUUGAAGUGUACGGUACAGGAUGUAAUGCAUGCUUGUAGUACAUCACGUAAAGACCAUAAAUUAUAGUAAAGAAAUUGCUACUUAUGUAGCUAUUGUUAACUCAGAAAGAAUAUAUUUUACCUGGUUAUUGUGAUAAGCUAAUUAUUUUCUUCUGUUUAUUGUGAUAGAUAUGGCAUUAUAUGCUACUGCACACGUUUGCCAAAGGAACUUUGUGGUACCAACGUACCAUUCAACUAUAACAUAUAUAUAUUAGCUUAAUAUUUUUUCUCACAAAAUUAGUAUUUUUCACAAUAAAUAUACUGGUGAUAAUGAUGCAUUUCUAUGAUUUCUAGCUCCAAAUUUGCCUGUAGGGCCAAGCAUUGAAUGUAAAAGAUACAUUUCAGCAAAUAACGGCAACAGAAGUGUAGCUACUGCAGCUCAAUGUUGCAAAAUCUUGUCACUUUAGCUGCAACCAUUCACUACCAGGACUCUCUAGUGCCAUAGAAUUUUCAUUGAAUUUUCACCAUAAACAUAUACCUAUUUAAUUUUUUUGU